AGGCACUAUAAUGCACUUUGAAGCUACACGCUCCUAAAAACUACAGGACAGCAAUGCGUUUUGUGUGCACUGAUUGCAAAAGUUGAAGUAUAUUCCAGUGUAAUUUGGCGAUUGCAACUGCUGAAAGAGAGCUACCAGUGCUGUUGAGCCGCGGAUGGAGACGGAAUACGCGUGUUACUUUUUUUUUUUCAAUCCCAGGAAGCGAAACACGCUCGGAACUUGCGCGGAGAGUCGGAGCGGCAGGCGCGGGCUGCUAACCCGACGACACGCCACCGCGGACCCGCGAGCCGACUGCUGACCACUGGGCUCGCUCCACUUUCCAAAGUAUCUCGUGUUGAUGGUAAUCCACCGAGCUUCAUGGCGGAAUACCCCUGGAUAUAAUCUUAGCUGGAAUACAACAAUUCCAUCCGCUGGCUAACGAUCUGUGUGUCGACGAUGAACCGAGUGACCUUUGAGGGCCCAGCAAGGAGACUACUUUCUCUGGACUAAGUGAAGACCUCGCUCCCUUGAAGAAGCGGGAAACAUGCCCUUGCCAUUUGGCUUAAAACUCAAGAGGACUCGCCGGUACACCGUUUCAAGCAAGAGCUGUCUGGUCACCCGCAUUCAGCUGCUCAAUGGCGAGUUUGUGGAGUUCACGCUGUCGGUGGAGAGCACCGGGCAGGAAUGUUUGGAGGCUGUUGCUCAGAGACUUGAGUUAAGAGAGAUAACGUACUUCAGCCUGUGGUACUUCAACAAGCAGAACCUGCAGAGAUGGAUCGACCUGGAGAAGCCGCUGAAAAAGCAGCUGGACAAGUACGGGCUAGAGCCCACCGUUUACUUCGGAGUCGUGUUUUACAUACCCAGUGUCACCCAGCUGCAACAGGAGAUCACAAGAUAUCAGUAUUACCUUCAACUGAAGAAGGAUGUUCUGGAGGGCAGAAUCUCGUGCUCACUGGAACAAGCUAUUCAUUUAGCGAGCCUGGCAGUGCAAGCUGACUUUGGAGACUUUAACCGAUAUGAUUCCCAGGAUUUCCUCCAGAAGUUUGCGCUGUUCCCUAUUGACUGGAUCCAGGAUGAGAGGGUGCUGGAGGAGGCCACGCAGAAAGUGGCUCUUCAUUAUCAGUCAUUCAGGGGUUUAUCGGCCCCAGAAGCAGAGAUGAUGUACAUGCAGGAGGUGGAGAAAAUGGAAGGCUAUGGCCAGGAAAGCUAUCAAGCCAAGGACAGUACAGGCUCCGACGUUUCAAUGGGAUCCUGCAUCGAUGGCUUCUUUGUCAAGCAGAAAAAUGGCAGGCCGCUUUCGUUUAGGUGGAAUGAAAUUAACAACAUGAGUCACAACAGGUCCUUCUUUGUCCUGGAGCUAUCCAACCGGGAGGAGAGUGUCCAGUUCCAGACCGAAGACAUGGAAACCUCCAAAUAUGUGUGCCGGAUGUGUCUGGCCAGACUCAAGUUUUAUAAGAUUAACAAGAGCAGCCUCGAGGGGUGUGAGCCCCUGCCUUCUGAGGGCUCCCAGAAGUCCCUUCUCACACUGUCCUUUCCCCGCUUUCCAAUGCUCUCUCGUCCCGCUCUGCCUUCUAACAAGGGCCAAGCCCAGCCUGCGGUGGUUAACCCGGUCAGACGGAGGUCCUCUACUAGAAUAUCUCUGCCGAAGCCUCAGUCCUAUAUGAUGCCCCCCCCUCAGAUGCACUACAAUGGUCAUUUCCCAGAGCCUUACACGUCGUCACAAGACAAUCUGUACCUGAACAGUCAGAACGGUUAUUACUACCAUUCCCAGACCAGCCUGGACUGCUCUCCUCUGGAGUACGGCAGCGGGGGGCGUUUACGGAACGGCAGCGUGUACAGCGCCCACAGCACCAGCUCGCUGACCAACCCCCAGCACUACCACCAGCCCUCGCCCAUGUCCUCCAACCCCUCCAUCACCAGCGACAUCACCAGGCCGGACUACGUCCCCUCGCACCGCCACAGCGCCCUCAUCCCGCCUUCCUACCGCGCCACGCCGGAUUACGAGACGGUGAUGCGUCAGAAGACCCGCGGAGGAGGGGUGCUCCUGUCCCAGGAGCACCGGCAGAGCCACUCCAUGAGGAACCUGAAUAUCGGAAACUCCUACGCCUACCGCAGGCCGGACCAUCUGGUGUACAGCCAGCCGGAGAUCAGAGGGGAGCACGGCGGAGCAGCCCAACACCAUCACUAUCCCUUCCAUCUGGGCUCCAGCUUCCACGGUCCUUCUCCGUACCCCUACCCCACGGAGAGGAGGCCCGUGGUGGGGGCCGUCAGUGUCCCGGAGCUCACAAAUGUCCAGCUGCAACAGGCCCAGGAGUACCCAGCCCCGAACAUCAUGAGAACACACGUGUACCGCCCACCCCCGCCUUACCCCUACGCCCACCCGCGGCCCGCCAACAGCACGCCGGACCUGUCGCGCCACCCGUACGUCACCAGCAGCAACCCGGACCUGAUCAUCACCAGGCGGGUGCACCACUCGGUCCAGACGUUCCAGGAGGACAGCCUGCCCGUCGCCCACUCUUUGCAGGAGGUGUCGGAGCCUCUUUUCUACGGACCCCCGCCGAGGCACCCGCAGCACGCCCAGAAGCGGAACUCCAUCGAGAUUGCCGGAUUGGCGCACAGUCUCGAGGGGAUGAGGGUCAAGGAGCGCACCGCGUCCUCGUCGGCCGCCGACGCGGCCACGCCCCCUCCGGCCCCCCUGUGCGGCGGCCGCUCCCACGGCUCUCAGCUCAACGUGUUUAUCGAGCGCACAAAGACGGAGGAGCGCGGCGGCAUCAGGGAGGGCGCGCAGUACGGACACAAAAAGUCCCUCUCCGACGCCACCAUGCUGGUUCACAGCAGCGGCGAGGAGGAGGAGUUUGAGGAAGACGCCGGGCGUCACAUUCCGCUUUCUCACAACGCGAUGGCGUGCCGGCCGCACCACAGCUUGACGUCUCUCUCUUCCCCGGCCCCUCCGCAGCACGCUCCCACUGAGCCGCCUCCCGCGUACCCCAUCGGCUCCUCCCUCGAACCCGCCGUAACCAGUCCCCUGAACUACAAGGUUCACCCCCUGAUCCAGGAGAGCGAGCCGCUGCACUUGGCGCCUGAGUACUGGCAGCCCAGGAUCAUGCCCUCCGUCUCCGAGGGCGACCUGAGUGGCACGGCGAAGCAGAGGGCUAAAAAGGACGUGAAAAAGAGGCCCGUGUCUGAUGUGCCCCCUGGGAAGAAGGCGGUAGAAGGUUUGCCCCCUCCGGGUAUGAAGAAAGGAGCGAGGUCAGAGGUGAAGAAGAUGGGCCCUCUGAAGGUGGCGCAUCUCAAUGGACUGUCGGUUUCCAGGCAGCCAAUGAACGAGGCGGCGAAGGACGAGGACGAGAGCGCCUCCAACGACGAGAGGUGUGCAGCUCUGGAGCAGCACAUGGAGAGGGGAGAGCUGUUGAAGGAGUACGAGAGCAUCCCAAAGCGGCGUCCCUCAGGAGAAUGCACCAUCGCCCAGCUGCCAGAGAGCGGGGAUAAAAACCGCUUCCAGGACGUGCUGCCUUAUGAUGACACCCGAGUGGAGCUGGUUCCCACCAAGGAGAACAACACCGGAUACAUCAAUGCAUCACACGUGAAAGUGACCGCUGGCGGACGGGAGUGGAGCUACAUCGCCACGCAGGGUCCCUUGGCGAACACGUGUCAAGACUUCUGGCAGAUGGUGUGGGAACAGGGCGUCGCCAUCAUCGCCAUGGUUACUGCAGAAGAGGAAAGCGGGCGAGAAAAGAGCUUCCGUUACUGGCCCAGACUCGGCUCACGACACAACACGGUGACAUACGGCCGCUUCAAGAUCACGACACGGUUCCGCACUGAGUCCGGGUGCUACGCCACCACGGGGCUCAAGAUCAAACACCUCCUGACGGGCCAGGAGAGAACGGUCUGGCACCUGCAGUACAUCGACUGGCCUGACCACGGCUGUCCCGAGGACUUAAAAGGCUUCCUGACUUACCUGGAGGAGAUCCAGUCUGUGAGGAGACACACCAACAGCAUCAGUGACCCAAAGAACGCCAACCUACCUGUGCUGGUCCACUGCAGUGCUGGAGUGGGACGGAGCGGCGUGGUCAUCCUGUCUGAGAUCAUGAUCGCCUGCCUGGAGCACAAUGAGGCGCUGGAUGUCCCAAAGUUCCUGUUACACCUGCGUCGCCAGAGGAUGAUGACGGUUCAGACGUUGUCUCAGUACACCUUCAUCUACAAGGUCAUCAUCCAGUACCUCCGCAACUCCCGGCUCAUAUGAGCACCAUGAGUCACAAAGCUCCAGAUUGAUACCAAACGGCGCCGCGGCUGUGUGAGCGGCCAGUACCUGGUGGAGCCCGUUUGGUCGAGUGUUCAAUCAGUACGGCUGAAGGAACUACAAGAAUGAAGCAACACCACACAAAGAAUCAAGAAGACUUAUGACCUGCCUCCAACAGUAUUAUAUCGUUUUUACAUAUAUUAUUGCUUUAUAAAGCCCAGCACUUUCACAGUACUUUGCUGUACAGAAUGAAGCAAUGUUAUGCUGCAAAAAAGUAAUGAUAGUUAUGUAUUAUAAACAAAUGAAUUUGACAAAGGUCUUUUUUUUAUUUUUAUUGCGAUCUGGCAACUCUUUGUUUCCGAUAAUGAAGGACAUUUCCGUAGGAAUGAGCGCAGAGUGGAUAAAGCGCUCGGAUGGAUUUGAGCGUCGUGUGUUGGUGCAGCGGUUCGUCCCUGCAGUGGUGUGAGCACUCGAACCCACCCGACCACACCUGUGUAUCUGCUGUGGCGAGUGAUGCGUUGGUCUUUGGUAAACACUGGAUUGAUGCAAAGUACAAACAAAUCGCACAGGUUCUAAAAAUUGGCAGCACGUUCUAGAGUAAAACUGGAAUUUUUUAUAUUCAUAUAUUUUUUUUUUUUUAAAUCAUGAGAACGGAGUGCUGUAUUUGAACAUCAAUAUAUUUAAGGUAUUUUGUCAAGAAAAAGUGCCUUUACAUCUACCUUGUAAAGUUGGAAGGGCCGUAUGUGUGAAUAAUAUGAAGGACAUUUGGACACUUUUUAUUGUUUGAUUAUUGCCAAUUGACUCAUUUAAGAAACAUCCCUGCAAAGAUAUAUAUCGUUGAAUAAGCCCACAUCCUUGUCAUUAAGUAGGCUACACAUAUUAAAUGUGUUACUAGUAAUGAGCACUUCCAUUUGCCGCUGCACCUUUAUUUUGGAGCUCAAACGUUAAACACACCUGUACAGAGACAGUUUGCAGGCACGGCAAAUAUAUUUUUAACAAUGUAUUUGAAAUUAAGCUAUUGUCAAAAGGCAGCAACUGAAUUUACAAUGUGGCUGAAGUGAAGUAAUUUUCUUACCCGAAAUGUUUGUUGUCACACUCGUGGCCAGUGAUCGGACUUAAGCGGAGAACGUCUCCAGAUGUGUCGGUGUGUUUUGACUGGAUCGUUUUUGGAUCCGCUGCAUAUCGGUUUGCUUCAGGUUGUGUUUUAACAUGCUGAUGAGCCUUAAAAUAGAGACUUGAGAGGGAUGUUUGGCCACAGCGUGACAGUUUUGUCCAUCUACAGAUAUCUUGUUCAUAAUGUACACAAUGUAAAAAUGUCUUAUCGGAUGUACAAACUUGUAUCUAUUGAACAAAAAAUGAUAUGCCAUUGGGAAGAAAGCGUGUAGAACUUAUUUUCAGCAAAUACACAAUUUGUUUCAAAAGAUUA